AUGUUCGGUUUGGGAGUCGCCUGGCUCGACGCCGACGGGGACGGCUGGCAGGACCUCUAUGUGGCGAAUGACACGACGCCGAAUUUUCUCUAUUUGAACAAGAAAGACGGCACCUUCGAGGAGAUGUCCUAUUUGUUGGGUGUCGCGGUGAGCGAAGACGGCAAGGAGCAAGGCUCCAUGGGCAUUGCCGUGGGUGAUUACCGCAACGAGGGUUGGCUGAGCCUCUUCGUCACCAACUUUUCCGAGGAAUACAACACGCUCUACCACAAUCACGAAGGGGGCUACUUCAGCGACGCCUCCUUCCGCACCAAGACCGCGGCGGUGAGCGUUCGAUAUGUGGGCUGGGGCACCUCGUUCCUCGACGUGGACAACGACGGCUGGUUGGAUCUCUUCUUGGUCAACGGUCAUGUCUACCCCCAAAUCGAUCAAAUCCAGCUCGAGGCAUCGGCCCCGUAUCGUCAGCGACGGAUGCUGUUCCACAAUCGUGGUGACGGGACCUUUGACGAAGUCGUCGGCGGCCCAAAGGAUCCAAUGGGCCAAGAGACCGUGAGCCGAGGCACCGCGGUCGGAGAUCUCGACAACGACGGCAGGCUCGAUGUGGUCAUCAGCGAUCUCGACGGCAGAGCCCAGGUGCUUCGCAACGAAACUGAAAACGCGGGCCAUUGGUUGCAGAUUCACUUGCAGGGCAAGGGUCUGAAUCGAGAUGCGGUGGGGUCCCUGAUCAAAGUCCGUACGGGCAAAUCGACCAUGAUCCGUCCGGUCCGCAGCGGCACUGGGUAUCUUUCCCAGGACGACUUGCGCCAGCAUUUUGGCCUCGGCUCAGCGAAAACCGUGGACGAGAUCGAGGUGAUUUGGCCGGACGGCUCCAAAUCGGUGCAGAAAAAGAUCGCCGUCGAUCAGAUCCUGAAAAUCCGCCAACCCUGA